UUUUCAUCCCUCUCAUCACUCUCAUCACUCUCAUCAUUCUCAUCCCUCUCAUCCAUCUCAUCCCUCUCAUCCAUCUCAUAAUGCGUUUCAAUUAACCCCUUCCCCCUCCUCGCCUCGGCGACGUCCAUCAUGGUCAUCAGAAAGUGCAACAUCUGUGACCGUCGCUUCAAGAAGACAGAGCAUUUCAAGCGUCAUGAACGGUCGCAUACUAAAGAAAAGCCCUAUGAGUGUAGUGUCUGUCAUAAGCGAUUUUCUCGAAGCGACGUAUUAAGCCGUCAUGCAAAAGGCCAUACUACAAAUCAUGCAAUCAGCUCCCGCGCUGCCCUGCCCUCCUCAUCGCUAGACUUCCUUGCGGCGCCGCCUCCGCCUGCGGACCCUCGAGUGACUGGCCCGCAACCAUUCCAGGGAACAUUGUUCGAUCCUGAACCGAGCGACUUGGUACAGUUUUGGCUUGAACCGCGCGGAGAUACAGGAUCGCAUCAUGAAUCACUGGACCUGAUGAGAGAGAAUGCCGCAGUCUCGCCGGAACAACAGGCUCGGCCGCCAGCCGAGGAUCUCAGCAAUGAACCCGUCUGUGACAUUCCUAAUGAACGGUGGGCAAGAGUUCAGCGCUACUGGUUGGCCCCGUCCAAUACUACUGGCCGACUCAUGAAUAGCCUCUGGCAAGAUAUUGCCUGCAAUGGUCUCGACAACAUCUUCUCGGUGCCUUGCCCUCAAUCAUUUCACAGCUCCGGGCCUUUUCCCGCAUCGAGAUACGGUUUAGAUGAGGACUGUCGUCAGCAGUUACAAGAGGAAUUUGGGCAGCACCUAGGUACUAUACACUCUUCGGAAAACAUCACCCUUCCUUCAACGUAUCCCGGUCGACCUAGUUUCCCACCCGCCGAAAUCCUAGACAUGGCGCUUGAUUUGUAUUUUCGUAAUUUUCAUCCUCUACUUCCCUUUGUCCAUCUUCCUACAUUUUCUGCUAAAAAUACUCGCCUUCCGGUAUUGUACGUCAUGUGUCUGAUCGGGAUGAUUAUGCUGGGGACCAAAGGAACUACGGAUUUCGUUUUCAAAAACUUUCCAAGUGUUCUCGAAAAUAUCGCCGCACGGCUGGCAAAAUGCUCUAUGGGGGUGGAAAACUCGAUAGGAACGAUAAAUACCUUUGCUGCAGCUUUUCUGUUCCUCAAUCUGGCUGCCAUGACUGGGGAGAAGGAGCAUUUAGAAAAGUCACAGAUGCUCUAUGUCAAUCUCAUGUCGGUCGCGCAACGACAUGGUCUUUUUGCAGCCACUGAAGGCCAAAUUCUCGAUAUCACCUUCUUUGAAACCGUUCCAGAUAUCGAUAGUCGGUGGAAGACCUGGAGCAAAGUAGAGUCUGUUAAGCGGCUCAUAACCGGGCUCCUCCUGUUGGACUCGUGGUACUCGUCCUUUUUAUCAACGAGCCCCAUUCUUGUUCCCGAUUCAAUUCAACUGAUUCUACCCUGCAAUGAAAGUCUUUUCCGCGCAAGCUGUUCCAUGCGAUGGACGCAGCUGGUCCGCGGUGGAAAGCAUUUACUCAUGCCCACAGUCCUGGCACCUUCGGAGAAUGUUGCCAUCCCCAGUUUAGGCAGCCCUGUGGAGGAUUUCUGCAUGCAUGGGGUGUUGGCCAUGGUCCAGCUCCGGCUAUCAGAAGCCUACCACCGGCUCUUGUCAAACCGAGCAAGCUACCCGUUCGCUCCCUGUCACACAUACGCGAUGGAUGGACGCGCGCGCUGUUUACCGUCACUCCAGCUCCAGAUUGCAGAAAAGUACGGGGAGGUCCUCGACCGUCUCAAUCCUAACGCAGCCAUCAUGUGGCACAAUAUAUGCAUGGCCCUGACGGCCGAUAUCCAAAUCUUCGACCUGGCUGCCGGGCGUGCAGGACCAGCGCCAGCCCGGAAAGCCCUUGAUGACAUUGCAGCAUGGUCCCAGACUCCGGCGGCCAGGCGCGCGUGUCUGCACGCAGCGCACAUAUACAAAACCAUGACCAAUCGAAAAGCAUCUGAUCACCCCCUGUUCCACUCAAUAUUUUCACUUUUCUCCGCUGCACUUGUCCUCGGAUUGUACAUAUGCAUGGUCCCAAAUUCCAGUGAGCUGCGGGUGGGCGGGACAUCCAUCGAGCUCCUGGAUGACAUCGACUGGCAAAGGGUGGGGACGGAGGGAUUCACGAGUUUUAUGGAGCCUCGUGGCACGGAAACUUUCGCGCCGUCCGAUGACCCUGCUGUCAACUUUAUCAGAAACGGGGGGACUGUGUAUUUUCGCGGCGUCCCAUUCCAGGGGGGAUCCCAGUCAGCACGACGAAUUUUGCUUGACUAUGCAGGGCUUCUCAAAGACGCCGGGCAUUGGAGCGUGCGCAAAUUCUCCUACGUUCUUCACAUCAUGAGCGAUGUCCUUAUGGAGGUGGAGUGAGCUGCCCUGCCAUUAAAGUGUGAUAAGAUGAGAUGGUAUCUAGCCGGCUAGGCCAUCCUCUAGUUACACUCACUGUUUUAUAUAUCUUUCAUUCAUUACUGUGAAUAUGUAUACUUGCAACCACGCAAUCUACCCAAAAGAAUCCCCACCUCUAAACCAAACUCCGUUCCUUCACCCUCGUAAACAACUGAUCCAACUCCUCCGCCGACGCAACCACACCAAGCAUACUCCCCUCCGGCUCCUGCCCCAAAUACGUCUCCCCCCGGGGAUCCCCCCACAGCACCACCCGCGACCACCCACAAUACUCAUCCCCAUACCAAAGCCGCUC